AUGCUUAUUCCAGUGCAAAGAGAUGCGGGCGCGUUUGGAAGCUGCUCAACGCGUCUCUUCUGCCUCUUUGCACGCUAUCCACCCCUUCUGAUGUACGUAGUGGCCGCUGCACUGUUGCUGUACCUCCUCGUUUCCAAAAAUGCCGCGGCCAGGGCAAAUGCUGUUGGGGGCGCUGUGCUUUCUUGCUUCCUCUCCGCCCGCACGCUUCGCGGCAGUCUGCAUUUUUUGUGGCAAGACCGUGGACGACUGACUUUUGCUCGCGUCGCGGAUUGUGUCGCGUUGCGGGCACCUGCGGGGCUCAGAGGGAAAAGUGCGGUUUACAUGAUUUUUGCCGAUAUAUUUCUUCUUCCGCUUUGCAUCGCGGUCUCUGCCUUUCGCGACGUGAAGUUGCUCACACACCUCGCCUUCAUACUUCACCCCCAUCGCACUUCAUCUCUCUGGUUCGCCUGGGCCUUGCCAUUGGGCGGGCUGCUGCUCAACCUCCUCCAUUGGGGUGUUCUCCUGCCGAUGGAUCGAAGAGGUCCGCACCGCUUCAUGAGUGGGAGAGCAAUAGCCCCACGCAUCCUCGCUUUUUUUUCCACCUGGUUGGGGAUUCCAACACUCUCCGUAGUGUGCGCCAUGCUUCCCUGUGAUGGGGAGGCAAUGGCCUUUGUUGCCGACGCAAAGUGUUUGUCCUCCUUCCACCGUUGGUGCAUUGGACUUGGGGCCCUCGUUUUUGUACUCUACUUUCUUUCACAGGACGUUGCACUGGGUUUGCUCAGGCACUGCGGAGACACAGAUUCUGACGAACGCCGUUGUGAUGGUCUGAUGUUGCAGCUCAUGAUGUUUCAUCGGUGUGCGUACAUUUUUAUUGCUGUCUUUGCAGACAGACAGAUUUGGUACGUUCUUGCCGGGACAUUGUCGGCUUUUAUCCUGCUGCUGAUGUGCAGAGCCUUCUUUGCGUCUGCCAGAGUAUUGAACGAUCUGACACGAGCCUCCUUGCUGCAGUGUCUUUUGGGUUCCUUCUGCUGCUCGCUGACCUACGUCAUGGAUCUCACCUCCGCCGCUUGGCUGUGGGUGUGCGUGUCGCUGUUGGGCGGGGCACUGCUGUUUGCGCUGCUCUUUCAUCGCCAUGGGAUGUGCCUCUGCGAGAGUGCCAGUGAGGUAUGGAUCGUUGGCAGUUAG